AAUUUCAACAUCAAAUGGGUAUCGAUCACCAUGACAAUGUGAAGCUGGGAAAGCAAAGCCCGCCCGGCAUUGCACCCUUUGACCACUCCGUUGACGGCUUCUUUGCCACCAUGGAUUCCAUCUCCGCCCUUUGUGGUGAGCCAUCGUGUGAGGGCUUCUUGCUUUCCCAAAUCGAACGAUUUUCCUCCAUGAUCAUGUUUUUGAAAGAAUGGCGACAGUUCUAUUAUGAACCAAAAGUUCUGAAUUUUUCUUAUGAAAGUGAGUCCGGUCAAGUGAGUAAUUUCAGUGAGGGGAUAACAUUGCAACAGUUUUCUUCAGCUUCAGUUUCAGUACCGGAGGUGGAAUCUUUACCUCAAAAUGUGAGAUCUUCUAGUAGUGAUUUUGUGUUGCAUGUUGGUGGAUCUGUUUGGGCGUUGGACUGGUGUCCUAGGACAGAUGAGAAAACUGAGGGCCAAGCCAAUUGCGAGUAUCUUGCAGUUGCUGCCCAUCCUUCUGGCGCUUCAUAUCACAAGAUAGGAGUACCUUUGGUUGGAAGGGGCUUAAUUCAGAUUUGGUGCCUCACAAGUUUGGACAAGAAAAAUGAAUUAUCUCAAGCGAAGCCUAAAGGAAGAGGGAGACAAAAAAUAAACCUAAAACAAUCAGAAACAGAACUGUCUCAUGAGUUAAACCAAAAUGAGUUCUCUGCUACUAGGAGGAAGAGAGGGAGACCUAGAAAGAGACAGGCAGAAGAUGAUGCUUUGUGUGAUUCAGAUAACAAGAAAAUAUUACAUUUACCAAAGCCUCGAGGUAGACCUAGAAAAAUAGAAAAAUUGAGUACAGAUGAUUUGUCCAGAGGGGAGAUUCUUCCUGCUAGGCCUCGAGGAAGACCGAGAAAGCACAUGAAUCGGGGAUUUAAUCGUCCAGAUAGUGUCAAUGGAUUAAUUUUAGGGAGGUUCAUCAGGACACUGGAAAGUGUGGAUGGCAGAGAAGCACCUCCAUCCACUGAUCAUGUGAGUUUAAGCACAAUGCAUUGUGUGUCAGUUUUAAAUGUUGAUGCAGGAGAUGCACCCAAGCGGAGGGAAAGGCCUAGAAGGGAACCAUUAUCAAGUACAAAUAAGUUUCGUCGCGAAUCUGUUUUUGAAUUACAGGUAGAUGCAUCUGGUAAUGGUGCGCUUACAAGCACAGAGAACUGCAUGGCUCCUUCGCACAUUGGUUUGGGGAAUAUUGCUUCACUGUCGGUGACUUCAGGCAAUUUAAUUGUUGAGAAGGAAUCAUGUGUGUGCAGUGUAGAUGACAUUGCAACAUGCAGUGUUGAAGUAGACGUAGAGGCGUAUGGCAGCAAUCUAAUUUCUAGCAGAAGUGAUUGUUUGCCAUGUUUGAAUGCUGAUUUGCAGCAUGUUGCUUUGCCUUUGACAACUUCAGCUGGGUCAAUCAUUAAAGAGAAGUCAUUUGUUUCUGGGUUUCAUGGACAACCUAGGGAGUCAACAAUUUCAAGUGCAAAAAAGGGUGUUCUGACACCUGGUGUUGAUAUAGAAUCUAAUGCGUCUGACAGUAGUCUUACAUUAAACUCAAAUGAGAGCAUGACACCUUUGAAUUCUCGUUCUGGGAAUGCUACGAUGUUUCCAACAUCAGGCAAUACACAUGCUGAAGAGAAAUCAUUUGUGCCAAGGCCUGGAGGAAGACCUAUAGAUCAAUUUAUUCAAAGCACAAGCAAGACCGUUUCAACAUCUGGUGCUGACUUCAAGCUAUUCAGUAACCUAGAGCUUGCUAAUUCAAGAGAAAAUUUAAUUUCUGGUGAUUGUCAAAGUGAAUUAAUUGUGUCAGACUCAUGUGAAGGUGUCACAAAUCGAAGGGAAGAAACUAUUCCUUGUUCUCAUAUUCUAGAAAAUAUUGCUUUGCCUAGGAUGCUUAUGGUUUCAUUGAUGAGAUGGUGGGACGUGCCGCAUCCUUCCUUGGUCAGGAGGCUAUACAUCUCUUCUAGAAUUGAAGGUACUGAUCCUCGUUUUAUUAAACUGGAGCCUGUUUUCAAAUGCUCAAAGAUCAAAUGUGGAGAUAGACAAUGGUAUGAUGACUUGGUUUUAGAUUUGGCCUAUCCACUUAAAAACCUCUCUUCUUGCAAGGCUUCGUCUGACGCCAGAAACUUGAGGGCCCAAGCGCAAACUUGUUCUGGGAAGCAACUCAAAGUAGAUGAGAACCAGAAAUUCUUUGAUCCAUCUGCAAACUGA